CUCUUACACAUUUUUGCAAGACUAACCCACUCACGGGGUUCAGCACUAAAUUAGGAGAUGCUUUCAAAAUUUUACAAAGCAUUGUAACUGCACCUAAAACUCCGUGCACAGAGCUUCAUCCCUCACUGUGAGUCGUCGAGCAUUGAUACAAGCACAGCGCGCUCUCCCAGCUCCAUUAGUGAUAUUUUCUCUUACCUUUACCAGAAACCACAUCAAAUAAUUCAACAUGUGUGACGAAGAAGUUGCCGCUUUAGUUGUGGACAAUGGCUCCGGUAUGUGCAAAGCCGGAUUUGCCGGAGAUGAUGCUCCCCGUGCUGUCUUCCCAUCCAUAGUUGGACGCCCACGUCAUCAGGGUGUCAUGGUCGGUAUGGGACAGAAAGACAGCUAUGUAGGAGACGAGGCUCAGAGCAAGAGAGGUAUCCUUACCCUGAAAUACCCAAUUGAGCACGGUAUUGUUACAAACUGGGAUGAUAUGGAGAAAAUCUGGCAUCAUACUUUCUACAAUGAGUUGCGUGUAGCUCCAGAGGAACAUCCAGUUCUGCUCACAGAAGCUCCACUCAACCCCAAAGCCAACAGAGAAAAGAUGACACAGAUCAUGUUUGAAACUUUCAACACACCCGCCAUGUAUGUAGCUAUCCAGGCUGUACUGUCACUGUAUGCAUCUGGUCGUACAACUGGUAUUGUGAUGGACACUGGUGAUGGUGUAACCCACACAGUACCAAUCUAUGAAGGUUAUGCUUUGCCACACGCCAUCCUUCGUCUGGAUUUGGCUGGACGUGAUCUUACUGACUACCUCAUGAAGAUCCUGACAGAACGUGGUUAUUCAUUCACAACCACAGCCGAAAGAGAAAUCGUUCGUGACAUCAAGGAGAAACUGUGCUACGUAGCUCUGGACUUCGAACAAGAAAUGGCAACCGCUGCUUCAAGUUCAUCACUAGAAAAGAGCUAUGAAUUGCCUGAUGGUCAGGUUAUUACCAUUGGUAACGAACGUUUCCGUUGCCCAGAGGCUCUCUUCCAGCCUGCUUUCUUGGGUAUGGAGUCUCCAGGUAUCCAUGAAACCACUUACAACAGCAUUAUGAAGUGCGAUAUUGAUAUCCGUAAGGACCUGUACGCCAACACUGUACUCUCCGGUGGUACCAGCAUGUACCCAGGUAUUGCUGAUCGUAUGCAGAAGGAAAUCACCAGCUUGGCUCCCAGCACAAUGAAGAUCAAGAUUAUUGCUCCACCAGAGCGUAAAUACUCCGUAUGGAUCGGUGGCUCCAUCUUGGCUUCCCUCUCCACCUUCCAACAGAUGUGGAUCAGCAAACAAGAAUACGACGAGUCCGGCCCAUCCAUCGUUCACCGCAAAUGUUUCUAAACUGCCUUGAUCUUGAUGAUUGACAAUUACAUAAACAAAUACUGUCAAAUCUGACUAUUGUGCGCGCGAAAUGGCUGCUGAGAGUUCCCAAAGAUGAGCCAGAUUUAUUUCUCUCUGUAACCAUCCUGAGCCAGACUUUACAAAAAAAAAAAUGGAUAACAUCUGGAGUGCUCAACUUGUAAAUGUUUUGUUAGUUCUCUAGCUUGUUAGAAUUUUGGUGAAGUUAAUUAUUCUAGUUUUGUUGGAUUAGCUAUGGGAGGGGGAGGGCGUUCAAGUCUGUUCAGAGGGUAAUGUACUGGGUGCUCUUUGCAGAAAGGGGGAUUGGUGCUAUCCUGUGUCUGUAUCGACUGUAAUGCUUUAACGUUGCAAUAUAGAGUCUGAACUUAUAGGCUCAACUCUAAGAUAUAUAAAAAAAAUGAAAAGAUUAAAAAAAAAUCAUAAACAAAUCAAACUUGUUCACCACUUCUCGUUACAUUCAUUUCAGUUACUGCUUCUGUGUUAUUGUACUUCGGAGAAUUUUUUUAUACUAAAAACAAAUUAAAGUACGGGACAAACUGAAAA